AUGCUCCCCUCAAUCGAAACCCACGCCGAGUCUACAAUCAACCACCUCUUCAGCUUCAUCACCGCCCAAGGCCACACAGACUACAUAGGCGAAGCGGUCUCGCAACUCGAACACUCUCUCCAAGCCGCCCAAUUGGCCGUCGAAGCUGGCGCGGACAAUGAAACCAUCCUCGCUUCCUUGCUCCACGACGUGGGCCGUUUCAUCCCCGCCGCCGACAAGAUGCCAGCCAUGAUCGCCCCUAACGGCACCUACGUCGGCCGCGAGUCCCACGAGGUCCUGGGCGAAAAGUACCUCCGCUCCCUCGGCUUCAGCGACAAGAUAUGCCAAUUGGUCGGUGCGCACGUCAUGGCAAAACGAUACUUGUCCGCCGUCGAUAAGAAGUAUUACGAUGGGUUGAGUCAGUCGAGUAAGACGACGUUGAAAUUUCAGGGUGGUACAUUUACCGAGGACCAAGUCCGCGAAGCAGAGAAGGAUCCUCUUCUGAUGGCCAAACUCGCCGUCCGCAGAUGGGAUGAUAUGGCCAAAGUGCCUAACCAAGAGACUCUGCCACUGAAAUACUAUGAACAAAUGGCUAAGAAGAGCCUAGUCGAAUCACGAUCUGCAUUUGAACUUCAUGGUCGAACAUACAAACUCCCCACACGACCAACGGUAGCAAUAUGUAUUGAUGGUUUCGACCCGGAGUAUCUGUCACGGGGUAUCGCCGAUGGAAUUCUGCCCAAUAUGGCAGCGAUGGUCAAGUCCGGAUUCUCGACAAUCGCAAACUGUACCAUGCCAUCCCUCACCAACCCGAACAAUGUCUCCAUCAUCACAGGUGCACCUACAUCCAAGCACGGUAUUGCAGGAAACUUCUUCCUGGAUCGAGCCACUCGUGAAGAGCACAUGGUCCUCGACGACUCCCUUCUCCGUGGAUCGACGAUCCUGGAGCAAAUGUCGAAUCGCGGUGUACGUGUUGCGGCAGUCACAGCCAAGGAAAAGCUUAGAGCAAUCAUUAACCACGGCCUCGACGUUAAAAAUGCUGGAGCUGUCUGCUUCUCAGCACAGUAUGCUUACAAGAGUACCCAAGAAGCCAACGGCAUCGAGGAUGUUGAGAAAUGGCUUGGCCGGCCCACACCAACUCAAUAUUCCGGUGACUUGUCACUCUUUGUGCUCGAAGCAGGCAUCAAGCUUCUCGAAGAGGACAAGGCUGACCUAUUCUAUCUGACAUUGUCGGAUUAUGUGCAACACAAGUACGCUCCUGGAAGCAAGGAGGCGAACGAGUUCAUGUCGGGAAUCGAUCAAUGCAUUGGUAGAUUGAUCGAACUGGGCGCAGUUGUUGCGGUGACGGGUGAUCACGGUAUGAGCGACAAAUGUAACGCGGAUGGCACCCCCAACGUCUUAUUCUUAGAAACGGAGUUGAACAACAAAUUCGGUAAGGACUUUGCCAGAGUGAUCUGUCCGAUCACCGACCCCUUCGUGAAACAUCACGGCGCGCUCGGAUCUUUUGUGCGCGUGCAUUUGAAUCCGAAAGCCACCGUACCGGUUGAGGAAGUUCUUGAGUUCAGCAGGACCUUUUCACAGGUCAUAGUUGCUCUCGACGGCAAGGCGGCAGCCGAGAAAUUUGAGAUGCCUCUGGAUCGUGAAGGCGAUUUUGUCGUCGUUUCGGUGAAGAAUGCGGUCAUUGGCAGUCGGCAGGAGGAACACGACUUUGCAAAUCUGAAAGGCCAUCGGCUCCGAUCGCACGGCGGCCUUUCCGAGCAACAAAUUCCCCUGUUGAGGUCUUUACCAACCAAGGACCAAGCUGGUGAUCGACAGUGGCACAACUACGAUAUUUUCGAGAUCCUUCUGAACUACUGA